GUUUCCGAUUUUUUUUUUUUAUACACAAGUUUGAUAAUGUUGCACAGAGUGGUGGAGAAAAGCAGCCGGCAGGACAUAAUUAAUUCGAGACAAGCCCCUUUCGGAAUUGCACUGCUACGCAGCUGUGCUGCAAUUCCUCUCUGCCUUCCAGUUUGUCUAAACAGCGAGUGAGACGCCUUGGAUCGAAACAACUACUGUAACGAGCGCCAUGAGCAGGAUAAAAAGCAACGAUGUGAAAUCUAAUAGAACCGCGGCGUGGGUCCUUGUGCUGCUGGCGUUGGCGAUGAGCCCCACACUUUGUGUCAUGGACGAAGCGGCGUGCCACGGUGCCUUUGACCUCUACUUCGUGCUGGAUAAAUCUGGAAGUGUAUCAGACAACUGGAUAGAAAUAUAUGAAUUUGUAGAGCAGCUUACUCACAAAUUUGUAAGCCCUAGGAUGAGGAUCUCAUUCAUAACAUUUUCUACAAAUGCAGAAAUACUGAUGCCGCUUACAGGAGACAGGUAUGAAAUCAGCCGUGGUUUAGAAAACUUAAGAAAUGUGAAACCAGUGGGUGAAACUUACAUGCAUUUAGGAAUAGAAUUGGCUACAGAACAGAUUGAAAAACAUAAAGCCGAAAGAACAUCUAGUACUAUAAUUGCCCUGACAGAUGGAGAGCUGGAGGAUUUGCUUUUACCAUAUGCAGUAAAGGAAGCCAAUAAAGCAAGACAAUUAGGUGCCAGAGUUUAUUGUGUUGGUGUUCAGGAUUUUGUUGAAAAUCAGCUUGCACAAGUAGCUGACACUAAAGAUCAAGUAUUCCCUGUCAAAGAUGGAUUUCAAGCUCUUAGAGGCAUAAUAAAUGCGAUACUAAAACAGUCUUGCACAGAAAUUUUGAGCAUUGAACCAUCAACUGUCUGCAUUAAUCAAACCUUUGAAAUUGUUCUUCGAGGAAAUGGGUUCACAGUUGGCAGAAACAAGGAAGGGGUCACGUGCAGCUAUGUUAUUAAUGAAAUGACAAUUAAUGAGAAGCCAAGCAUAGUACAAGAUGAUUAUCUACUCUGUCCAGCACCCACGCUACAUGAAGUUGGACAAAAAUUGGAGGUACGUGUCAGUGUAAAUGAUGGGCAGGCUUUCAUCUCCGGUGGAAUCACAAUUACUGCCACAUCUUGUGCUGAUGGGUCAAUCGUUAUUAUCAUCAUUCUGAUACUUUUAAUCUUAGUGGGUAUUCUUCUUAUGUGGUGGUUCUGGCCUCUCUGCUGUAAAGUGGUUAUUAAAGAUCCUCCACCACCUCCUCCACCAAAAGCUCCAGAGCCAGAAGAACCACCUUUGCCUAAGAAAAAGUGGGCAACUGUAGAUGCUUCGUAUUAUGGUGGCAGAGGAGCUGGUGGCAUUAAAAGAAUGGAGGUUCGCUGGGGAGAGAAAGGAUCAACUGAAGAAGGGACCAGAUUAGAGAAAGCAAAAAAUGCUAUUGUGAAUGUACAAGAAGAAGCUGAAGAACCAAUGAUGCGGAAACCUGUACGUCCUACACCAGCGUCCCAAACCACAGAAUCAAAAUGGUAUACCCCAAUCAAGGGUCGACUAGAUGCACUCUGGGCCCUAAUGCGAAGGCAGUAUGAUAGAGUUUCUUUAAUGAGACCACAAGCUGGUGAUGAGGGUCGAUGUAUAAACUUCAGUCGUGUCCAAAACCAGUAGACGAAAAGUGCAAGUGAUCAUUUCAUACACAGUCAUCAGCUGAGGACCAAAGUAAACCUGCCCCUAGAACUUACUGCUUUAUUUUUGAAAACCACUAUGCAUUUUUGUGUUGCUUUCAUAUUUCUGCAUUUCAGGAAGCAUUGAGGACUUUAAAUGCAGCUCUAUGAACUGUGCUGUCUAUUUAGUACCUUCUCACACUAUUGCAUCCUAUUAAUUUGUUUUUGAAAAUGGAGAUAUAAUGACACAUGAAAGGUAUAAGUGCACUAAACAUUCACCAUUUUGUGCCAUGUGGCAUUUUUUGACACUUUUGAACACAUACAAGAUUUAACAUAUUCUGACCAUAUUGUGCCUUCUGUAGAAUACCUAAUUUCAUGGACACAGACAGCAGCUAUUUAAACAAACAGAAGAAAGGGAGGGGAUACAAAACAGGGAAUGGAAGGGGCUGGUUGCCAUUGGCGAGAAAAUAAAAAUAAUCUCAAUGGGCCUAACAAGUGCAAAAGUCCAUUGCCUUUUGGCGAUGUCUCAUCACAAAAUCUUUCCAACUCCACCAUCGCUUCAUGCCUAGCAGGGAGCUUCUGACUGAAAAUCUUGUCAUUUUAACACUGAAAAGUGCACACGCAUGACAAAAUGUAGAUGGGAUGCCCCCAGGUAUUGGAAAUAGAAAGACUUUGCCCUUUAGUUUUUUGAGACACCUUUCUUUCAUUAUGCACCCGGGACACAAAGAUUAAUAGAGCGUUAUUGUACAGCAAGAACGCCUGUAACCAAAGAUCUUUGGCAGGGUUUGAAGGAGUGAUGUUUUAAGACCUUGACAUGGGGGCUGGUGUUUUUAACAUUACCCUCUUUCAUUGUAAGUUCAGUAACGCGUAAAGCAUCAUCAUCCAUAAACAUACCUAUCAGUUUUAGUCUUAAUACAAAUGCAGCAGUCUCAAAGCCAGUAUCUCCACUGUUUCAAAUCUCCAAGGGCUUCUCCGCGUCACAAGCCAGCAACUCUCUUUGCAUGAGAAUUUCAAAGUUUAAUUAAUAUAAUUAAAGGCAACAGCAAGCAGCAGCCUGUGAAGAUUUUGCUCAUCUUUUUUAUACCUUUUGACAUUGAAUGACCUAUUACUGUAUAUGCAUUGCUCAGAUUUUGAGGAGCACCAUCCUUUGGAUAUGUUAAGCCACUUCCCAAAUAAAAAAAAAGCAAAAAGGAAGAUGAAAUGGCAGAUAUUGUUCACUUUCUGAUACAAUAUUCACAGUCAUCUGAGCUUUGGAAUAAAUAUCGAGCACUGUAUUUAUUGUAAAAUUUUCAACCGCCCUGUCACGUCAACAACCCCAAAUGAUGCUAGUGCGAGCGGAAACACUGUGGGGGAGGAAGGAGGCAGCAGCUGAAGAAAAAGGCUCGAACGAUCUAGUCACUUUCGAUACGGUGUUUCAGAUGCAAAAUGGAUAUUCGAGUCGAAACCUGACAAAGCGCGCCUGCUUUGAUGUGAACUGGUAUAGACAAUGACCAGUGGCUGGGUCAGUGGGAUGUCUCUCUGCAAGCAGAGAAGCUUAUCAAAUGACACUAAAAAUAAGUUCAACAACCAUCACGUUUGAGGGGAAUAGGCGAACAUUUCACAUUUUGUGGGCAUGCAAGUGCACGAGAUAGGAAGAGCGUUCCUGAAGCAUCCUGGUCUAAUUAUUUCUUUGUGCUCUUCAUCGAAAUUGUAAGGGACAUAAAUAAUUCUCUUGGUUGACUUCCAAAUGUGUGGGUUAGCUGUAAGAAGCUUUUUGCGUUUAGCCACUUGCAUAAUCCUUCGGUUAACUUCUAAAUGAUACAUUUGCACAUGGAUACCUAAAAACAUUGGAUUAUAUACAUCAGCAUUCUGCUUUGUUUGAUUGCUUUUUCUUCAUGCUUUCUUUUUCCUUUAAAUGAAAAGCGAAAGCCUGUAAAUAACCCGUAUUAAUGAGCUGUUUAUGCACACCAGUCAAAACGCGAACUAUCUUCCAGUGAUGUUUUACAUAAAUAUGAACUUAAUUACAAAGUGUACAUGGGCACAGUAGCUUUCGCUUAUAUUGCAGUAGUUAUAAAAUAUGGUCUAAGGCAAAGGAUAUUAUUUCCAAAUGUCCACAUCUGACUAUGUGUCAUGCAGUCCUACAAGACCAUGUCUGUCACUUAUUUACUACUUAAAGAGCAUAGAUGCACAAAGAGUAGUAAGGUGAGCACAGACUGUCCUUAGAAAUCUGCUUGUUUUUUACACCAAGUUUAACAACUUUUUUGAUUUCUAAAAAUUAAGUGCUUUUUGGCAUUGAUUUAUUUGUAACUAUUAAACGUUUUUCUAUUAAAUAAUAAUCUAAGCAUAGACUUUUUAUGCAGUUAACAUUCACAGCUGAAGAAAAAAAAACAUAAUUCUUGUAUUAUAUUAAAAUUAAUUUUAUUUAAUUAUGGUUCCUAAUGUAUAGCAAGAUGAAGAUGUUUUGCAACAUGGCUCUUUGAGGAUACAUAUAGGUGUACUCUUAAUUUUAAUUUUGUGCACUUAAUUUUUAUUUUUAACACUUCUGUUAACCAAUGACAUUUUCAUUAACAAA